ACACGGAGUUUGAAGCUAGAUACUCCGAUCCCGAAGCUGUUCAAUGCCACACCAAUGUGAUAUCUUGCUGAUUUAGUGACUUCACAACCUAGUGCUUCUAUUGAAAGUUGUGUACUUUAUAGCUUUUUUGUGUUUUUGAGAGCUUUGUCAGCUUUCUUUUUAAAUAACAUGUGCAUUUUUAGAUAUUAAUUAUUUGUAAACUCCGGGAGUGUUACAAUUGGACAACAAUUUACCGUUAGCUAGCAUGUAGCUUUUUGUCAGUGUCUAUGGAUCUGGCCGUGACUUGUUGCAAUCAUUAGCCCAAAAUUACUGUCGCCGUCUUGGAAGUCUUUGUUGAAAUGGAUAUUUUAAGAGACGAUGAAACGCAUGAGCUGAAAUACAAACCAGGGGGCCGUUUGGAUAUGAGCCACGGCUUCCUACACCAUAUCCGGAGGAACCAGAUUGCUAGAGAUGACUAUGAUAAAGAGGUGAAGCAAGCCAAAGAGCUUCAGCGACGGAGGCACACCACAACCCCUAGAAGACCCCGUCGACCUGAUAUCCAGGUGUACCAUCCUCGACGCAGACAUGGAUCUGAGCCAGGGGCUGGUGCUGAGGCUGAAGAGUGGAAUGAGAGUGGGUCAAGCACAGAGACAGAAACCCAUGGAACUGAGCUCUUCUGGCUGGACUAUCAGGCAGACUCUGGUACCAUUACCUCCUUCCUUGUGCACAAGGAGGAUAAGCCUGAGAAGGUGGUGGAACGGGUUGCACAGAAGAACAUCCUGGAUUCAGCCAUGAGGGCAGCUCUAGAGGCUCGAAUUCGAAAAGAAAUGGACAGUAGACGAGACAAAUGCUGACUGAUGUUCUUCAAACAGUAGAUUAUGAUGACAGAGGGGCUCCAGGCAAAGAGGAGUAAUAUUUCAUUUUCAGUUCUGCGCUCCUCCAAAGCAUCAACGCUGUUGACAGUGUUUGGGGCAUAAUGAGGACACUGGGAUCAUGUACAGUGACUGUCAGCACAGAUACAACUUGAUGGCCAACAAUCAAAGCCGUCUUCUGUUUUUAAAGGAGAAGAAACAGCACUUAUCAUAGACAGAAUGGUUGGGAGUCAGCUGUCAGGUUCAUGUUUACUACAUUUUACUCAUCUUGGACUGUUACCUCAUACCUUCAUUCAUAACUUUAGGGAGGCUUCAAGUUGACUGGACCUAUAAAAUCAUGUUGUUACUUUCUAACAGUUAAAUCCAGAGAGGAGAAGGUACUCUUUGACAGAGAGCACUGUUAACCUUCCUCCUCUGUUGAACAUGUCCUGUGAUUCUUGUGUUUACAGAGAUCUAGUUUUUAUAAGAAGAUUUAUACUUUUUUUUUGUAAAAUGCUGUGAACAGAACACCAGUCUAUCAGCAGAUUCAUGUUUAGAAAUGUGAGAAUUUAGUUUUGUUCCUUUUUGAGUUGGAGAGUUCGGUGGAUGUAGCCAUGAUGAUGAGCCAUGAUUUGUGUGGCAACUGUGUGUCGUUGUUUUCAGUAUUCUAAUUUAUUUUGGUUUGUUUAAAUACUUUUAUUUUUGAUACUGUAAUAUUUUUUUGAGGAAACAACUCUUUAAAUAUAAAAUGAAAUAUACACAAAAGCCAUUUGUUACUGUCCAAAUGU